AUGUUUCGAUAUUGCCUAUUGAGUACGCCUUCGACUUUGGGUUUUAAAAUUUCUCGCCUUCUGUUUGGUAAUGAUAUUCAUGUUCUUGCAGAUCCUGCUUGGGAUGGUCUCAAUCCCAGUGAUGCCGACUUUUUGGAAACAUAUUUGAAUGACUCUAAUUUCAUACUUCUAUCGCAUUCAACGCCGGCGUUCAUUGGAGGUUAUGCAUUGUUAUGUUCUAGAUUUCCAGUCCUUAUGUCUUCGAUUCCAGUAUACUCUACUGUAGCGGUGACUCAGUUGGGUAGGGUUUCAAGCGUCGAAUUUUAUCGGGCUAAGGGUCACUUAGGACCAGUUGAAAAUGCCUUUUUGGAAGUUCGUGACAUUGAUGAGUAUUUUGAUAGAAUAAUUCUGAUCAAGUUCGCCCAAAAUGUUAGUGUUCUAGACAAUCGCAUGUCGUUAUCAGCAUUCAAUGCCGGUCACACUUUGGGCGGUUGCUUCUGGUUACUAUUGAGGAAGAAGGUAAAAAUUGUCUAUGCGCCAGCCUGGAACCAAUCAAAAGAUUCUUUUUUAGAAGGGGCUGCAUUUUUAUCAACGAGUAAUGAGAAUUCGAUCACGUCUUUGACUCGACCGACCGCUCUUAUAACUGGAUCAGAAUUGGGUUCAAACUUGUCGCAUAAGAAACGGGUGGAGAAGUUGUUGCAUCUUGUAGAUGCGACACUUGCUAAUGGAGGGGCAGUUUUUCUACCUACAACUAUAUCUGGCAGAUUUUUGGAGGUGCUUCAUCUCAUCGAUACCUAUUUAUCUAAUCUUCAAGGUGCUGCUAUUCCAGUCUACUUUAUUUCAUACACCGGAACCAAAGUACUUAGUUAUACUUCCAAUUUAUCUGACUGGAUGGCAUCGAAUAUGAUGAAAGAGUAUGAAGGCUUAAGCGGAGACGACAAAGCUUUUACUAAUACACCAUUCGAUCCUUCUAAAGUUGACUUGCUUUUGGAUCCAACGGAGCUAGCGCUGUAUCCUGGACCAAAAGUUGUUUUUGCGUCUGGUAUCGACCUUCAAGGAGGUGACCUUUCUUCAAAAGCACUACGGUUGCUUUGUCGAGACGAGAGAACCACAAUUAUCCUCACCGAGAAAAGUUCGCAGACGGCUUCAUCAUCCCUUGCAUCGAAGCUUUAUACUGAGUGGUAUGAGCAUGUUUCAAAACGAAACAAUGGUAGUGUGGAAGACGGUGUCCCAAUUCCCCUAGAAAAGUGUUUUGCACCAGCUGAGUUCGUCGAGGAGAUAGCUUUAAAAGGAACAGAUCUAGCAUCUUUUAAGGCGGCAGUUAGUGAGCGAAGACAUCAAAAAGCUUUGGCCAGUAUCAAAUCCAAGAGAACUCAAAAACUCCUUCAGUCAAGUUUGCACUCCGAUGAUUCGGAUGAUUCUGAUGAAGAACCUGGCGAGGGUGGUGAAGAGGAGGCUGAUGUCAGUUUCUCAGAAUUGAACUCAAUAGAUCCAAAAAAAAAUAAUGCUAAAAACGAUGGAAGUUCGUCUCUUAAUGAAGCAGAGAGAAUCAUUAGCGACGAAGCCAGGAGCCCAAACAAUCAUGGGCUUGAAUCAAGUGCAUCGACAGCGUUCAAGCAUACUCUGGAUAUUAAAUCGCCUGCAACUGAAUCCAACAUUUUUAAAGCGCCUUCAGAUGCAGUGGAUGAGACCCUCAUCUAUGAGUUUGUCAUUGACCGGUUAGAUUCUCAAAAGCCUCUCGAUGUGCGAAUCACAAAUAAAUUAAGGCCAAAACAAGCAAUGUUUCCAAACAUCAAUUGGAAAAGAAGGAAAAUUGAUGAUUAUGGUGAGAUUAUUGAUCUCAAGGCUUUUAAAAGAGAUGAUGAUCAACAGGCGAGCUCGAAAUUGAUAUCAGAGAGCAAAAGAAAGUUUGAAGAAAAUGACAAUCAAGGUUGGGGUGAAUCAACUAGAAAAGAACGAGCCCGUCACAGUGAAAAAGAGCGUGAAAGCAAGCUUACUCCGCAACAAUCAUUAAACAACGAAAUUUUGAGGAGGUACCUUGAUGCUACAUUUCAACCAGUGCAGAGGAAAAUCGAGAGUAGUGGACUAGGGUCCCCAAUCAGGUGCGGUUUGGCAUUUAUCGACUUUUCUGGUCACGUUGAUGCCAGAUCAAUCAAUUUGGUGAUAUCCUCAAUAAAGCCAUCCUCUCUCAUAAUUCUACCAGAUUUCAGUUAUCAUGAGGGAUUAUCCACGGAGACAAAUGGAUCGUUCAUUUUAUCCAGCGCCCAUCAAAAGUUGACGAAUCUUAGCGAGAAACCUGAGUACGAAGUUCCUCUGGAUACUGAGAUGAAGCUGGGUACCUUCUUCUCUAACAAAACACAAAAAUCACAGAUGCAUCGAAAGAUGGUUGUGACCGUUGCAAAGCCGAACAACUCCAUUGAAGUUACAAAUGCCGAUGGAGUUGGUGGAAUCGAGUAUGAGGUUUGCCUAGAUGAUAAUUUAUGGUCGAACCUCAAAUGGUAUCUGAUAGACAAUAAGUACAAUGUGGCGCACGUGCAAGGGAGUUCGAAGCUCGUUGCAAAGUCUUGUACCACCUUACAGCACAGCUUCCCUGACCCAGCUGUUCAAGUGUUCCUCGAUAGAUUGAAGAAUCGCAAUGAAGCGGAUAAUGUUUCAGAAUCUACAGCGUACGGACACAAAGGUAACUCAUUCAUGGCUAUUGGAGUUAUACGAAUGCCAGAGUUGAAGAGAAGGCUCAAAGAUAUUGGCUUCAAUGCAGAAUUUAAAGGAGAAGGUACAUUAGUCGUGGAGGAGACCAUUGCAAUCAAAAAGGUAGACGAGCGACAACAAAAUGACAAUAGUUUGGGUGAUAUUAUUAUUGAUGGUCAGGUUGGGCCAAUUUACUACAAGGUGAGGGACUGCAUUCGCGAGAUGCUUGCCUUUAUUUCAUAG